AUGUGUAUUAGUCCCACAGAAUCGAUACUAUCGCACAAUCUUGAAGUUCCUUCACAAAAACGGCCGAAGCGUUCCAGGGUUCGUAUACACAACCUUGCAAGAAGAAAUCAAUGCAAAGAGAAGAUUGACAAGGAUAUGGAGCUUAAGAAUUUGAAGUUGUACAUGGAGAAUAUCAGUAUAAUAGAAGAGAAUGAGAAGUUGAGGAAAAAGGCUACUCUCUUGCAUCAAGAAAAUCUUGCUCUAAUGUCUGAGUUACAAAACAGAUUUUCCAAGCAUGUCCUUCUUAAUGACGAUAAGUCGAAGAACACCGUGCAUCCCUCGAACGAGUAG